UUAAAUUGUACCCAUUGCAAAAAUGAGUUCCUCAUUAUCUUCAAUUUUCAUCCAUCUUUUGGGGUGGAGUGACUUAUCUUGCUGGACAGUAACUGCAGAUGUCACUGAUACUGCAUUUAUAUUGGUCACGACUGAACAUUUCACUUUAUUGUCCGCAGCUAUAUUCCAACUCCGACCUACAAUCUGUUCAUUGUCAAAUGACACAGUUAAAUCCCCAGGUGGACAGGGUGGGGGUUCAGAUGACUGCCUGCUAUGCCAGUUCUUCAAUGUUCAGCCUAUGCCACAUGGGAGAAGUGUUCCAAGGAUGUCACUUGCUAAACGACUUUGUGUAACUGAACUGAUGAUGAGACUGGUUAGGA